AUGGGUCGGAAACCGAAUGACUCUGAGCCGACUCGUUGGGCAUCCCUGAUCCUGCUUUUGAUCGGUUUAGUCUCUUGUUCUAUGGUCUACCUGUUCGUGUCAUCAGUUUUAAAGCCAUCAGCACCAGGAAAUGAUUCGGAUGUUGAAUCAUUAGCACUGGCCGAGUCCUAUGCAAAUGGUGAGAAGUGGGUUAAAGGCGUAGAGAGUGGUGGCGCUACUGGUGGGUUGUGUUGUAAAGGGAUUGCGAAUUUGGAGCUUUGGGGGGCUGCUGUGAAAUGGGGCACGGAUUUCAAAUUCAAUUCGUCUGGUGAAUGUUGUAAAGCUUGUAAAGCCAUGUGUACUGGAAAUGAAGGGCCUUGUCUUUGUGAUACCUGGGUUUUUUGUGGGAAUAAGCAGGCAUGUGGAAACAAAUUCGGCGAGUGUUGGUUGAAAAAACAGAAGGAUUUACUGGCCCCUGAAAAGCAGGAAGUAGGAGACAAAGUCGUGUGGACUUCUGGUCUUGUCUUUGGAAGAGGAGAGGGUAUUAUUGGAUUAGAGACAGAACACGGUACACUUCACAUCAAGCUUUUGCCCGAUUGUUCUCCACUUUCAGUUAAAUACAUCCUAGAGUUGUUGGCGUUACGCCAUUGUGCAGGUUGCCAUUUCUAUCGAGCAGAAAGCUGGGGUCAAUCUUGGGAUACAAAAGGAAAACACAUUAAAGAUGCUUCUUUCGGUCCUCCAUUUGCUAUCGUUCAAGGAACUCUUGAGGCCCAAGGAGUGAUAUUCAAUAAAAUCCCGUCUGAGUACUGUCCAACCAUAAGAAGAGGAUCGGUAGCAUGGGUGGGCUCCGGUCCUGAAUUCUUCAUAAGCUUGGCAAAUCACGAAGAAUGGAAAAAUUCGUAUACCGUAUUUGGUUCUGUACUUCCCGAAGACUUGAUGAUAGCUGAAAAAAUUGCUCAGCUUCCAACAAAAUCAGAUGUUUGGAACAACAUUAAUGUUGCAGAUGAGGGGUCUGGUGUAGCUGCUGCAGUUACAGUGGAGGAUGGGAAACCCUCUGAAAGUCCUGUGAGUGCUGAGGAGAAUCUGGGUUCUAAUGGGUCUUCGCCGCUCGCUGAAGCUCCGGAGCCGGCGACGGCGACGGCGGAGGUGGUGGAGACUGCGAAUAAAUUUGAGGACCCCAGAUGGGUUGGAGGGACUUGGGACUUGAAGCAGUUCGCGAAAGACGGGAAGACUGAUUGGGACGUUGUUAUUGAUGCUGAAGUGAGAAGGAGAAAAUGGAUGGAAGAUAAUCCUCAAUCAUCGAGUAAUGAAGACCCUAUUGCUUUUGACACAGCUAUAAUUCCGUGGUGGGCAUGGAUCAAGAGGUUCCAUCUCCCAGAAGCUGAAUUGCUCAAUGGUCGGGCUGCAAUGAUCGGCUUCUUCAUGGCCUACCUUGUAGAUAGUUUGACCGGUGUAGGUCUUGUCGACCAAAUGGGUAACUUCUUCUGUAAAACACUAUUAUUCGUAGCUGUAGUGGGUGUCCUGCUUAUUAGAAAGAACGAGGACAUCGAAACCCUUAAGAAAUUGCUGGAGGAGACAACAUUUUAUGAUAAACAGUGGCAAGCAACUUGGCAGGAUGAGACAUCAAGCAAGACUGAAAUGAACUAG